AUGGAGAAAAUUGGCAAGGCCGAUGCCCCGGUAAACCCUAGUGCCAGCGCGGGUAUGACCCAAGAGAAUCAGGGCACAUGGGACAGCUCGACCCAGACGUUCCACGGAGGACAAGAUUGGGCGCACCUCUCUAACUUUGUGGAGGACUUUAGCGUCACGACAAAUGGACUAGGCACCCCUGAAGCCGCAUUGCAAGCCGCCUACAAAGCGGUUUCUGGCAUCAAACACUACCCGCCCUCGGACUUUGAGCCGGCGGCGUCCGACCUGGCGCGGUUCUUGUGGCCCGGAGAGACCUGGACGCAGGGGAGAGAGCGUCUUCUGCUAGGAAACGGCGCGAGCGAAUUGAUCGAUCUUGUCAUCCGCAACGCAAUCCCCGGUCGAUGGCGGCCCGGGCCUCAACGCACCCAGUACAAGGAGUAUGCUCGCUCCGCUCUUGCUGCAGGCUUCACCACGGCGGCCUCCACCGACCGGUCGGCCACUUUGAUGUGCCUCGUCAACCCGACCAACCCCACGGGGGACUACUGGGGCGUCGAAGAAAUGAAGGCGUUCAUUGAGGGGGGAUGUGACUCCGGAACCACGGUGAUCGUCGACGAGAGUAUGCAACCGUGGCUAGGACCCAAAUGGAGGGAAGAUAGCCUCUACUCUCAAGCAGAGUGGCUUCGAAGCAUGUCCGUUGAUAAGGGGGUGCACGUGUGGGUCAUGACCAGCUGGACCAAGAUUUGGUCCUGCUGCGGCGUGAGACUGGGUUCAGUCGUGGCGCCGACGACCGACCUGCAGAAGGCGGUGAAGGCCAAGCAGGUGCCGUGGAGCGUGAACAGCAUUGCUCUGCAUUUCCUGUCGGAGGCCAUCAGGGACACCGGCUACCUCAAGAGGACGUGGGACUUGACGCAGGUAUGGAAUCGCGACACACGCAAGGAGAUCCUGGAGCAGCACCCAGACUGGGAGGUGCAUGGGAAGGACUUCCUCUCCUGGCUAUGGAUAAACACUCACGACGAGGCGGUGACUGCGGACGUCGUUCGCCUCGCUCGCGCUGCGGGCGUUCCUGUGCGCUCGGGGGCACCAGGCUACAACCUCCCGACCUUUUUCAGGAUCGCUGUCCGUAAGGAAGCACAGAGGGCGGCACUGUGGAAAGCGCUUCUUCCGCUGGCCCCGUCCUCCUAACUGGAGGUUAGGUCGCUUGAUGUUGGCUCUGGAUAGGUGUCAAGGGUAGUUAGGGUUGAGAGUUGAAUUAAUCAGUCCAUGGUUGGUCACAUACAUGCGACUGAGUGGUGCAGUUGGUAUUCUUGCACCCUUGUGACGUUUGGAACGCGGGUUCGAAUGUCGGGGAAGUCACACACACUGGGGGUU